AUGACUACCGAUUCUGAACAGCAACCCUUGCUACAACCUUCAAAACAUGAAGAGGUCUAUCGCAGAUUCACCCCUGCGAAGAAGAGAAUGAUUGUAGCCAUUGCCUCUCUCACCGGUCUUCUUCCUCUCUUCGUAUCGGGAACUUUUGUUCCUUCGAUACCUCAAAUAGCGAAAGACCUCAACUCAACCGGUGCGGUCGUAAGUCUGGCCGUCAGCCUUUCGGUGUUUGCGGCCUCGUUAGGUGCCCUCCUGGGAGCGUCAUAUUCUUCAUUCUAUGGCAGAAAGCCCAUAUACCUUACAGGAACACCUCUACUCUUUCUUGGGUCAAUGGGAGUUGCCUCUGCGCAAACAAUACCUCAACUCAUGACCUGGCGAUUCAUACAAGCCAUUGGCGCGUCACCUGGGUUGGCUGUAGGCUCCGGCGUGAUUGGAGAUAUCUAUAAGCUCGAGGAACGCGGGCAAGCUAUGGGAAUAUUCUUCUCGGCCGUCUUACUUGGUCCUGCUUUGGCACCGUUGGCUGGAGGUCUCGCAGCGCAUUAUUUCUCAUGGCGUCUCAUGCAACUCUCACUCGGAUUCGUCGGUAUCGCGGUAUUUUUCUGCAUUCUGCUCUUCUUCCCGGAGACCUACCAUCCCGGCGAACGGGGCAUCGACAAAGCGGACCCAGCAUCACUCCCAAGCUGGAGACCUGUGCUCAUCAACCCCUUGAGACCCCUGUGGCUCCUGAGGAGCCCAAACCUGCUGGCCGUUACCACUGCCGGAUUUAUGGCACUCAUCACUGAUUAUGUGCUCUUGAUACCACUAGCGUAUACGAUUGGUGCUCGCUAUGGUAUAACGAACGAAGCCCUGAUCGGCGCCUGCUUCCUCCCCGCCGGUCUUGGAAAUAUGAUUGGUGCGCCACUCGCAGGUCGCCUGUCCGAUCAGGUUGUCAUCCGAUAUCGAAAAGACCGAGGUGGGAUAUGGUAUCCCGAGGACCGCCUGCGUGCCACAAUAGUUGGCGCCUUAGUUUUCGUCCCGUUCUCCGUUCUCUUUUCUGGCCUGCUGACCGAGUACGUGCCUGGGAAGGUCGGCCUCGCGUUGAACCUGAUUUGCUUGUUCAUUAACGGCGUCGGGGUCGACUUUGUGCUCAGUCCGUCAGCGGCGUACUUUGUUGACCUGAUGCACUCCCGAAGUGCUGAAGCGAUGGCUGCGAACAACGGCUUCCGCUCUAUCGUCAUGUCCAUUGCGAUAGCAGCCAUCCUGCCCAUGAUAGAGAAGUAUGGCGUCGUGGUGACGAACACCGCUGGCGCCGUAUUAGGGUGGAUUGGAUUUGGACUCCUCUGGAUGGCGAUUACAUAUGGAGACCGCUUUAGAGCGAUGGCGGAUGUUGGAUUCUCGACGGCGGACAACAAUUAA